ACUAAAUACAAUUUUUGUUUAAGGUGAAGGUGAUGGCAAUGGAGUGGAGACCUAGAACAAAAAAAACACCUGGAAAAUACCAUAAGAUAAUGCUGGAAGAAGAGCCUCCUAAAUUUUUAAUGAAACCAUUGGAUGGUUAUGAUGAUAUAAUAGAGAAAGCCAAAGAAAUGUUUUGGAAAGAUGACAAAAGAAAUGAAGCUCAGUACACACUGUGCAAUGCGGAUGGAUCAAGAUGGCCCAAAUCAGAUUUUGAGAAGGAGUAUUUCUCAUUAAAUGAAAUUCCAGAUAUAUGGAAGAAAACAUUAUAUGUUGGUCGUAGAGAUUUAGAUGAUGUGAUAUGUGUUGGACAGCUUUCUUUGGCAUCUAAAAGUGAAAACUUAACACAAACAAAAUCCAUGUUAAUGGAGAAUGCAGCAAUGGAUAAUCCAAUUUUGCAGGAAACCUCAGGCCAUUUGAAGAAAAGUUCCACCAGUUGUAAGAGAAAACCAACAAUGGACAACUUACAAGCACAACUUUCAGGAAGCUUUUCCUUUGAGCUGAUGGUGUCAUCUAGUAAAAAACAUUGUUCACUGGCAAUUGCUGAAAAUAUGGAAGAUGGUUCAUUAAAGUCUGAUGUUCAAACACCUCCUCAUUAUGCAAUUCCUCCAGUGUACAUGCCACGAGUUCCAUAUGUUGAUGAUGGACAAAUCAAAUUCAAUCCUGAUUUGGCUGUGGGGUCAGGGUCGUUUGGAACGGUGUACUUUGGUUCAUAUCAGGGAACACCAGCAGCAGUAAAGAAGAUUCCUGUUGAUGACAGUAAUGACUUUUUGCAUGAGAUCCUUGUUUGUUUAAGACUUUCUCAUCCAAAUAUUGUUAGAUUCUUGGCUGCUACCAAAAAAGAUCAGUAUAUACUCAUAGCAAAUGAGUAUGUCCAUGGAGCAAGUUUACACGUUGUACUUCACAGUGCAGACAGUCCAGUGAAGUUAGAAGCAGAAGAAAAAAAUUACGUUGCACUUGAUGUGGCAAUGGCUGUGGAAUACAUCCAUUCCAAGAAUGUAAUACACCAGGACCUGAAGCCUGCAAACAUCCUGAUUGAAGGCAGCAGCAAAAAGGCCUAUCUUACCGACUGGGGUUUAGCCAAUGUUCGCGACUCAGUUUCGCUAAGGCAGGGGAGCAAAAUAUCUGGCCUUUUAAGUGGACCUCUUGGUGGUACUGCUAUUUACACAGCUCCUGAAUGUCUGCUAACCUUUCAACCUUGUUCUGUACAUUCAGACAUAUGGUCCAUCGGCAUAACAUUUUUAGAGCUGUACACAAACACUGUACCAUGGUCUGUAAAGACCUGUGCCAGUUAAUGUCAACAGAGGCAGCUCCAAAUGCUUUAAACAAAUUUGAUUCAUUGUGCACACAAUUAAUAUGUACAUGUUUAAAAUAUACACCAUCGGAAAGAAUUUCGGCCUCAAACCUAGUUCUUCUGUUAAAAUCAUUGGACAACACUGAUUUAAAAAAACAUUACGGAUACCAUUGGUAAUUACAAAAUGCAAUAUUUUAGAUGAUGACCUUUGUUUUAUUCAUCACCAAGAGGAAAGUAAAAUGUUUAGUUUUUCCUGUCAUUAAAAUGUAUUGUUACAUUAUAUACUGUAUACAGGAAAAAAGUGCAUACAAUUAUAUUGAUUAUGUUGUUGUUCUUGAUGUUAUGACUAUAGAAUUCUGAUGCAAAUAAAUAAUUUCUCUCCCAGAGAAGCAAAAACAGCCAUCUAAGUUGUACUCAACAAAUUCAUAAAUGGUGCUUGAUUCUCCUGCCACAAGGAACUCUAAUAUCAGUGCAAGUUCAUAAAAUUAAUGGACUGAUAAUGGUUAAACAUAGAUUAUGGAAGGAUACUAAAGGUUCUAUAUAAAUAUCCUCUGGGUUAUUUUAAAUUGUUAUAAUGGACCUUUCUAUGUGUAAAGGCUCAAAAAAGUAUGAUUAAACCAAUUUAUUUUCACAACAACAAAAUUUAUUUAGUA